CAUAAACACUUGGGAUGGAGCCUAAAGCCCGAAUUAAACUGUCCCUGCUGGAAGAACCCUGCGCCCCCCUUUGUUGCAUCGCUCUGGGGAAUGGGUUCCCCCCGCCCCUCCCCACAGAGACCCCUGUAGCUGUAACCAUGUUAGUUUAACCCUUCCUUCCUUUCUGGAUGCAACUGGCUGGGAGCCAAUUGUCCCUUCCUGAACAGGAGGGCAGAUAAUGCCCUGCUCCUCCACUGUUCGCUCUCUUGCCCAUGCUCGUGCCUGCUCUCUUUCUCUCUUUCCCUUUUUCCCUCUUCCUCCUAUGGAAUAAACGUCUUUGACCACAUUGGGUGUUAGAGCCUCUUUUGGAAUCUUUUGCCAUAACCCUGUAAUAUUUUCUACCAAAGCUCUCUCAGAUCUGAGCUAGCCUUGUAACUCCAGAGGGCUGUGGAGGAAAGUAUUAAACACCCCCUGGCACGGCCCCACGGGGGCUGCUUUGGGGUGGAGGGUGGCUCGGGGUGCCCCGGGUGUCCCCACAAGGCCAAUUUGGUGCCAUCACGUGGCAAACGGGCCGCGAGCUCUGUGCCCAGGCCGGGAGGUGGCCGGGCUGGUUGGAAUGCCAGAGGAAAUGGGGAGAGCAUCGCUGGGGGGUGGGAGCCCCUCUCCCCCUUCCCAGGAGGAUGGAGAGCCCCGGGGUCCUUCGGGCGGUUCCCAGCCCACAUUCCCGAGCUGCUCCCGCUCUUCCCGCAGCGAGGAGGAGCUGCGGCAGCGCUGGUGGCCUGACCUGCUCCCGGCAGGGGUGACCUACCCGGCCUGCUGGCCAGGGCUCAUUGUCCCCUUCGGCAGCAGCGAGAGGGACAGAAGCGAGGACAAACUCUCUGGAUUGCAAAUCCCGGAUCCAAACCCAGCCCGCUCCUCUGGGCCCCCACCAGGGGUCCCAUUUGGGGUGGCCGUGUCCAUUCAUGUGGCAGUGACAGUGGUGACGGGCAGAGGGGACAGGACAGGACAGGACAGGAGGAUUUGCCUCUGGCACACGGCUGCGGUGUGGCAGCACGGCCGGGUGCAGGGACCGGCGGUUGUGUCCCUGCCGAGGCCCCGGGAAUGUCCCCAGAGGCCCCGCAGCCACGGCCCUUCCCAUUGAUCCCGCCGCCAGCUCGGCAUGACUCAGCCGCCUCCAAAGCAAAGGAAGUCACUGCCGGGACUCUUCCUGCAGAUUUGAUGGAGCUGAUGCUGAUUCAAACCUCCCAAAUGCACCAGCUGUUGAUGCAUGGCCUGGCCGUGGCAGCUCUGAUGCCCCUCGGUGCGGGGCCAGCCCCAGCCCCUGCCCAGGCGCUGGCGGAGCCUUCGCAGGGCAAGGAGGAAGAGGAGGCCGUGGUUUUCCACCAUCACUACAUCCCCUGGCCCGUGCCCGGCCCGGCCCCCGUGCGGUUCCUGCGCUCCUCACCUGGGGACGGGCGAGCUGUGCCCCCCCCGCCGCCCCCCAGUGCCACCAGGACAGUGGGACCCGGUGUCCCCCCAGCAGCGGAGUUCUACAGCGCGGAGGAGUGGGGGCUGUGAGCUCUGCCUCCCUCGAUCCCGGAUGGAUGCUCCGUGAUUCCCGUGCUUUGGGGUGACCCCAGGGCAGGGGUGGCACAGCCCCGGGGACACCCCGGCCCUGUCACAGCCCCCCAGCCCUGUCACAGCCCCAGGGACAGCCUGGUGCCAGCCGGGCCCUGCUCCCCCACCAAGCCACCAGGCCGGGGUGGCACAGGCUGUGCUGUGUCCCCGGGGGAGGGGACAGAGGAUGGUCCCAGCCUUCAUUAGUCCCUCCAGCUCUCAAUGCAACAUUGCCUGUAAUUAAUUUGCUUUGUUAAGAGAGCGUCCUGCUGUUGCUAAUUAAGCAUCUGUAAUUACA